AUGGAACAAACUGGGCUGUGCUUUCUCUGUUUUGCCUUCUUGCUCCUUCUGACUUGUGGUGAAUCUUUAGAAGAUAAAGGUUAUGGUGCAAGUGCAUAUGCUGUGCACUGGGACCCCGAUCAUCCACAUUCAGAAGAGAGAGGUUACGGUGCAAGUGCAUAUGCUGUGCAUUGGGACCCCGAUCAUCCACAUUCCGAAGAAAACGGUUUUGGUACGAGUGCGUAUGCUGUGGACUGGGACCCCGAUCAUCCACAUUCCGCUUCUGAUGUUCCCGAAGCAACGGCAAAACACCAUCAGAUAAAAGUUCAAACUGGCAUGUUGUUCCUGAAGAAAAAUCUGCAUGUUGGCACUGUACUUCCGAAAGGAACCACUUUUUCCCGAGCCGGUGCACCAAAGCCUGUCGAUUCCAUCUCUACUCCGUUGGAGUCGAAGCACUUGCGAACCAUCCUUGCGCAUUUCAAGAUUCAUCAUGGCUCGAUGAAGGCGAAGCAGGUAGCUGAGACCCUUGAGUCAUGCGGCAAACUGGAUGACAAGGAGGAGCCUCACAUGUGCUUCACAUCUCGUGAAGCAAUGGCAAGGUUUGCGACCAAAGCAUUAGGAGCAAUCGGUGCACGAGCAGCCGUUACAAGGAUUCAUGGGCAUGAGACCCCCAACUCCAUGUACGCCGUUGCACAGAUCGCCCAACUCAGCAGCAAUGUGGUGCCAUGCCACCCCAUGGAUUUUCCAUAUGAGGUUUUCUACUGCCAUCGGCCGAAAGAGGUGCAGGCACUGAGGGUGCAACUCAAGGGCUUGAAAGAUGGAAUGCCGCGCGUGACGGCGACAGCCAUGUGCCACAUGAACACAUCUGAUUGGGACGGGCAGUACUUUGAGCUGUUGGGCGGGGAGCGUGGCGAAACCAUUUGCCACUACAUGCCAACAAACUACAUAAUGUUCUACUAUUAG